AUGAAGAACCAAUUCGCCGGACUUCUCUUCCUCUCCAUCAUUCUCCUCUCCUCCGUCGCCGGAAAUGCUGAUUCAAACCUGAUAUCUGAGCUCUGCAAACAUUGCGAAGACCCACAACUUUGUCUAUCCAGCAUAGAGGCGCGUCCCGAGUCAGGUGAAUUCGCAGGCACGACCAACCAAAUCGAAAUCAUAGCAAUCUCCGCCGCGUCUACGAAUGCAUCCGCCACUUCCACGUACAUCAAGGCGCAGCUUAGCCGCGAGGAUCUGGAGCCAGCGACUGAAGUCACACUCGAGGAUUGUCAAAAGAACUACCAAGAUGCCGUGGAGAACCUUGACGACUCUGUCUCCGCAAUGCUCGCCGACGCGCACGCCGAUGUGGACGUCUGGCUAAAAGCUGCGAUCAGCGCCAUCGAAUCAUGUGAAAACGCGUUGGAGUCACGUGCCGCGAACGAUGCUGAGCUUUCUCAGAGGAACCUUGUUUUUCAAAAAUUGUGCAAAAAUGCUUUGGUGAUUAACAAAAUCUUAACUUGA